AUGGCUCCCUUUAUGACCAAGCUCUCACUCCUCUGGCGUCCCUCCCGCACCAACGCGGGGAGCACAGCCAAGUCGCCGCGCUCCACGGACAAAUCAUUUCCUGCCGAGCCAAGAGUAGCCCGCAGCUCCACCUCUCCAGCGUCGAUACUGCACACCAGAUUCACCGCAGAUCCGCCAGAAGCCGCCUCGAUAGAAGCAUCAGACACCCAAGCUUCGCACGCGACCGAGCAGUGUCCGGAUAGUUGGUGCAUCGUCCCUACCACGCCGAGGGAGAGUCUCAACGAGCCCGCGCACGGAAUAAGCAGCAGCGGCAUUCGCGGCGAGAAUGGCUACAGCAUGGCACGCCUAGCAGAUGGAUUAUUCGGCAGCUGCAGCGUGGCUAGAAGGGGUCACACCAUUAGCUUCGGCAGCAACGGAGGCCUAUCCUUGGAUGUCGAACAGUCGCUACAGGAUAACGACGACUUCCCGUCGCGUCCUGCUGACAUAGACGAAGCAGAGCCAUGCAAUAAUCUCGAUAAUGAUCGCGACCUCGAGUCGCCGUACCCGACCGCCAUUAUUCUUCGCAGCAGCACCGGCGGCAGCAGUUCCGUCGACACUGUCACGUGCGCCGCCGUCAUUCCCGCGAUCCCUAGUUGUAAGCCCGCAAGCGGCGGCAGUGCGGGCGAUGGUGCGCCGUUAUCGCCGUCGCUGGGCAACGGUCCGGUAUCGCCGCCGCCCGCCACGGCCUUCAUUAGCUCCACCCCCACCGGCGGCUCCGCGAGUGCUCGCACGCCCCGCCUGCGUGUGUCGUUCGCGCCGUUGCGCGUGGAUGACCAGAGCGCUGAUAGGCAUGCGGAGGUUGCGGCGGAGGCCGAAUCGGGGAAAGGCGGAAGGCGGAGGAACGCAGCGGCGGGGCCGGAGGAGGGGGAGACAGCGAGUGUUUCGGGCGCAGUGGCUGGCGAGGGGGGUCGAAGUUGGGAAAGCCAAGGAUGCGGGGAAAGGGCGGGCGGGAGGAGAGAUUUGUUGGGGGAGCUGGCGGGUUGGGCGAGGAAGGGGGCGGGCGAUCGGGCGACACACGAGAGCUACGACGAGUGCGCGGAAGCGACGGGUAGCGGAUUCGAAUCGCAGGGGACGGAGGCCGACGGGCGCGCGGAGGGAGGACCGCGCGGAACAACAGAACAACCGCCGGGCCCGCAAGCCAAAUCCGCGCAGCCCGGAUCGUCGCGGCAGGGUAACAAGGGGGCCCCGCGGGCGGUAGUGGGGGAGCGGCGCAAGGGGCGGCGGUUCGAGCACAUGGUGGUGACCAUUCCGGACCGGGAAGAGUACCCCGCUUUCUCCGGCGCGCGGUCGGCCACCGGGGGAAAGAGAACCGCGGAGGGCAGGAUGGAUGGCGAAUCGGGUGGGACGGCUGGUAAGGAGCGAGGAACGAGGGACGGUCCUGCAUCGGUGAGAGGAAACGGAGGAGCGGGAGGGAGGGGAGGGCGGGGAGGAGGAGGAGAGAGAGCGCCUAGCGAGGUUCCUGGGUCGUUCUCGUUUAACGCGGGCGACGAUCGCGACGAGCCUAGCCUCGAGCGCAACAUUACGUGGACCGCGGGCGGCAGUAGCAGCAGAAGCGGGGGGAAGGGCGGCAAGAGCGCGCAGGGGGAGAGCUCGUUCGCGCAACGAUCAGCGGUGACGAGGAGGGAAGAGUGGGGAGCGGAGGGGCGGCGGGGUCGAGACAGCGGCGCGGAGUGGCAGGCGGGCGAGGAGAGGAGCCGCAGCGGGAGAAUGGUAUCAGAUCCGCAGCUGAAUAAGGCCAAGACGCUCUCCGGACCGCUCACCGUGUCGCGCCGAGCAUUGGCGGCGAGCGCUCCUAGAGGCGCGGGGGAAGGCAGGAGCCGCGCCGUGCCCGUAGCCCCCACCCCCCGUUCCGCCGCCAAAGGCCUCCCGACCCCACGGGCGCGGCAAGACGUGAGUCCACCAUGGGCGGUGAACAACCCGCACGCCUCGCGCUCUUUCACUGACCGCCAAGGACCUAGCCCCGCGCGCGGGUGCGCUUCCCCGCGCUCCCGCUCGAUCAAGGAGUUGCCUGGAAGAGGCGCGCCUCCCGCCGUUCCCCCGUCCCCGUGCGCGCCUAAAGGUGGGGGGGCGGGUGCGCCCAGCAACGCGUUGUCCCCGCGAUCGCCCCCCGGUUGGUCUUCCGCCUCGGCUGCGCCUGCAGCGCGUGAUGCGUCGCUUGCUGCCGCGACGCCCCGCUCCGCGCGAGCGGGCGGAGGGACGGGGGCUGCGGGCACUGGGGGGGGAAGCGCGGGGUCGCGGAAGCAGCAGAGGGGGGCGGAGGAGAGGGAGAGGCGGAGGGAUGAGAAGGAGGAGCAGAAGAUGGCACAGGCAAUGCGAAUCAUGGAGAAGCUAAGGAGUGAGGCGAGAGGGGGUGAGGGGGAGGAGGGGGAAGAAAGGGGGGAGGAGUAUGAGGUGGAGGAGGAUGAGGGGGAGGAAUGGGAGCCAUUCCACACUCGCCCCCCUGCACUCGCCUCUACCACACCCAUUCCCCCGCACUUUCCACUACCACCACAGCAGCAGAUCCAGCCGUCCCCACGCUGGCAGCAGCCUCAGGCAAUGCAGCAGGCGAGAGGCAGUGGCGGUGGGCGUGUAGCGGACAGGGAUGGUGGCGGGCUGCGAGAGGCAGCAACAUACUGCGGGCCUGCCCGGGAGCAGAGGCCGCUGAGGCGAGCCCAGUCAUACGAGACAGGGUACCGGGCUGUCACGGAUGGCAUGGGGCAGAGGGGCGUGGGCAGAGGCGAUGGUGGCAUCGUGAGAGGCGGAGGAGGAGCAGGAGGGGGAGGGACGGUUGCGCUAUUGUCGCCGAAUAGUGAUGGGGUGAUGUAUGACCGCAUGCAGGGGCGGGCGCUUGGCUAUGCCCCUGAGCAGGUUGGGUUCCCGUUGUUCCAUGGGUCAGUGAAUAGGAAAAUGGAGAGAGGGGGCAUGGGGUGGGGGAGUAUGCAGAUGCAGGGACCGGGUUUGGGCGGCGCAGCAGGCAGGAGAGGUAGCAUGAGUGAGCAGCAGGGAGCGGAAGGGGGUUCAUGGGGGUAUGGACCGUUUGGUGAAGAGGGUGGGCCACAGGGGGCGGAGGAGGAGGAGGGGAGUGAGUGGGAGGUGGUGUCAGAAGUGGGGGAGUGGGAGGUGACGAAAGCUGGAGGUGGGAGAGUGGGGAGUGGGAAAAGAAAUGGCAGGGGUGAGGCCAUGCAUGGGGGCAGUGGUGGCAUGAACGAGGGUCAGGAUGGGCAUGGCCAAGGAACAGGCAGCAACAGAAACCGAAGCGGUUCAGACUGGUGCUACAUGGCGCAGGCACCCGUUCGGGCACCUGUGCAGGCACCUGUGCAGGCACCUGUGCAGGCAGGGAGUGGAGAGCAGAGGCAGGAUGGGGAGGAGACCGGGGAGUAUGCACAGGAGGAACAAGAAGGGCCGGAGCUGUAUCGUGAUGGCGACGAGGGGAGUGCUGAUCUGUACUGUGAGGCCAAGGAGGGGUGGAGGGGUGAAGAUGAGAACGGGUCAGGUGAGUUGUAUGUUGAGGAUGAUGACGUUGCCGUUGCUCGGGCAGUAACUGUGCCUGUGGAUGGCCAGGGGCAGCAGAGAUGGGCUGGUGGGGGAGAUGGAGCAUGGCAGGGCAGGUGGAGUGGCAGCUACGGUGAGGAGGAUGAGUAA